AUGCCUUAUAUGAGAAUGGCAGCUGCGAACUCCUCUGUGACAGAGUUCAUCCUCGCAGGCCUGACCAACCAGCCAGGACUCCAGAUGCCCCUCUUCUUCCUGUUCCUAGGCUUCUACGUGCUCACCGUGGUGGGGAACCUGGGCUUGAUAACCCUGAUUGGGCUGAACUCUCACCUGCACACCCCCAUGUACUUUUUCCUUCAUAACUUAUCUUUCAUAGAUUUCUGCUAUUCUACUGUUAUCACUCCCAAAAUGCUGAUGGGUUUUGUCUCCCAGAAGAACAUCAUCUCCUACGCAGGGUGUAUAACUCAGCUCUUCUUCUUUCUUUUCUUUGUAGUCUGUGAGUCCUUCAUCUUGUCAGCGAUGGCGUAUGACCGCUAUGUUGCAAUCUGUAAGCCACUGUUGUACAUGGCCACCAUGUCUCCCCAGGUCUGCUUACUUCUUCUGUUGGGUGUCUAUGUGAUGGGGUUUGCUGGGGCCAUGGCCCACACAGCAUGCAUGGCAAGACUGACCUUCUGUGCCAGCAGUCUGGUCGACCACUACAUGUGUGACAUCCUUCCCCUUCUUGAGCGCUCUUGCGCCAGCACCUAUGUCAAUGAGCUGGUAGUUUUUAUCGUUGUGGGCAUUGAUAUUGGUGUUCCCACAAUUACCAUCUUCAUUUCUUAUGCCCUCAUCCUCUCCAGCAUUCUCUGUAUUCGUUCCACGGAGGGCAGGUCCAAAGCCUUCAGCACCUGCAGCUCCCACAUCAUUGCUGUUUCUCUUUUCUUUGGUUCAGGAGCAUUUAUGUACCUCAAACCAUCCUCUCUUUUACCUAUGAACCAGGGGAAAGUAGCCUCCCUGUUUUAUACCACGGUGGUGCCCAUGCUCAACCCAUUAAUCUAUAGCUUGAGGAAUAAGGAUGUCAAAGUUGCUCUGAAGAAAACCUUGAGCAGAAAAACAUUCUCCUGA